AGAAUAAAAGACUUGGUCCAUUGGUCGAUCUCGAUGGACGUGGAAUUCGAGUUGUCGCAGCAGUUGCAGGGCCAUGAAAGUCAGGUGCGCUGCCUGGCCCUGCUGUCGGAUGGAGCGCUGGUGUCUGGCGGACUGGAUUCGCAGGUCAUAAUUUGGAGGAGACCAAGCGAGGGAGAAGGCUUUGUCCUGGAGAAGAAGCUCAAACUGCACACGGACUUUGUGUUCACUUUGGCUGCGUCGCACUCAGAGAAGGGCUCUUUCUACUCAGGGUCCAAGGACAGAACUGCUUUCAAGUGCGAUCGCGAGGGCAAUCCUUGCAUUCAAUUCCAAGGUCAUGAAGGACCGGUGUGCUCCAUCGUAGAAAUUGGUGCCAAGGUGGUGACUGGAGCGUGGGACGGCAAGGCGAAGAUUUGGGAUACCAGCAAUGGCACCUGCUUGCUGACCCUGGAUGCCGGAGCACACGCCGUUGCAGUCGCCACUUUGCCCACUGGAGAGAUUGUCACAGGCUCUCAGGACAAGACUCUGCGUGUGUUCCGUGGGGAGUCGUGUGUGCACAAGAUCGACGAGGCGCAUGGUGACAUUAUUCGUUUCAUCACGGCCAGUUCCAACUCCAUGGCCACGGCCUCCAAUGAUGGCUCCGUGAAGCUUUGGUCCUUCGAUGGCUUGCAAAUGUCUGCGCUGGGUGGUCAUCAGUCCUAUGUCUACGGAGUGGAGUACUCUGGCGACAACACGGAGAUCAUCUCCGCUUCAGAUGACUCCACAAUGAAAGUCUGGUCCAUCAACGAUAGCCAGUGCAAGCAGUCGGUGAUCCAUGCUGGAACCGUUUGGCAGGCCAUCCCAAUGCCCAACACAGACAUCGUCAGUGCCUGUGCAGACAUGAUCGUGCGCGUCUGGACGCGGGAUCCUGCCCGGAUGGCCAGUGAAGAGGAGCGCAAGACGCAGCAGGAGAUCGCGCAGCAAGCUGCGGUGGCUGCGGCGCAGAAGGGAUCCUCCUCGGUGCCAAUGGACUCAGUGAUCGAUAUCUCCAAAAUGCCUGGCAUGGUGGGUAAAAAGAAUGGUGAUGUGAAGAUGUUCAACGACAACGGCACCGUUUUCGCCUACAUGUGGAACGCUGGAGCACGAUGUUGGGACAAAGUGGGAGAAGUCAUGGGUGCUCCGAAACCAACACAGGUCUUCUACGAAGGGGACUCCGUAUUCCCAGCUGGAGAGUACGAUUUCGUUUUUGACAUUGACAUGGGGGCUGCAGUGAGCACCAAGAAAUUGCCCUUCAAUCGGGGACAGAACCCUCUUCAAGCGGCUGAAUCGUUUUGUGCACUUCAUCAGAUCCACAAGAGUAACAUGGAAGAUAUCAGGCAAUUCAUCCAGAAGAAUGCAGGUGAUGCCCCCGCAGGUGCGGAGGCCUCCGCGCCCGCCCCGGCGCCCGCCAGCUAUGCGGCGCCGACGCAAGAUGUGUCCGGGUUCUUUCCAGUGUUGCAGCCUGCGGUUUUCAAGGAUGGAAAAUUCGAGGCGCUCCAGGGGAAGAUCCUGGAAUUCAAUGGUCAGGUGGAAGAAGAGUUGAAACUGGACCCCAUUGAGGUGAAUCACUUGACAGAGGGCAUCUCCAAGCUGAAGAUGGGGGUCUCUACUGAACUUCGCGAUUGUGAAAAGGAGAUCAUCGUCAAGAAACUGGGCAAGUGGCCCAACGACAAGCUCUUUCCGGUGGUCGAUCUUUGGCGCCUGCUGCUCGCACACCCCAGCAGCUCUGACUUCUUCAAAGGAUCAGACAGGGGAACUGCAUAUAUUCUGCAGGUGUUGAGCCUCCUGACUGUUGAUAUCAACAGCCCUUUGGGCCUUUGUGCCUCGAGAUAUUUGGCCAAUCUAUUCAUCUACCAAACCAACAAGUACGCCGCCUUCGACAAGCGGGACCUGGUGUUGAACGGCAUUGAGUCAGCCAUGAACUCCACCAACAAACAUACCAAGUUAGCUUGUACCUCCGUGCUGCUGAAUAUGGCCAUCAUUUUGUACGAGAGCAGCCAACCACCCAAAGCCUUUGACGAAGCCACUGCGCAGAGAAUCUUGCAGCUGGCGUUGAGCUUCUUGGGAAAGGCCGAGGAUGAAGAUGCCAGGUGUCGCGCGAUGCUGGCCGUUGGUACACUCUUGACACGCGACCCUGCAAAGCGACCCUUGUCGGCUGCAUGUAAAGCAGGUGACCUCCCUGGAAAGAUCAGUGCCCUGGAGAGCAAGUUGGGCGCUGCUGCUGCUGCGGACUUAAGGAAACUGCUGCAGUAAAAA